CAUCGAAUAGAAUUGUUUUAGUUAUAGGGUAUUCGGGAUAAAUAAAACGCAUUACAGACUAAAUACCCAAACAUUCAUACACAAAACGAGCAAUAACAGAGCUGACAACAACAUACAACUAAGCGUUCAUCUAGUUUUUCUUUCGUUUCACGAUGUUCCGUUUAAAUUUGCAACGUAUCCAAGGUUAUUUUAUCAGCAGCUGUAAGCUGUCGCUUCGACGGCGCUCUCUGCAGUUCAUGGAUAGACAGUCACAUCAGCACUGGAAGAAAGAAUAUUUUGAUGCAAGUGCUGCUGGGGGUGGUGGCAACUGCGCGCUAUGGAAGCGGCUCGUUAGCCAGUAUCAGUUUCGCACCAAAAAGGAGCCCUACUAUCCAAAUCGUCAAACGGAGCUCCGACGUCAGGGCGUCAAACCGAUGACAAUUAUGAAGCCACAGCAUCAGCAUCGUGGCUUGCCAAAGGAUUACUACUAUAAGGUGCUGGGUGUGAAUCGGCAUGCAACCAUUCAGCAAAUACGCAGUGCCUUUUAUGCUCUCGCUAAACGCUAUCAUCCGGACUCGACGCACUCAGAGGAGAAGCUGAAGCACUUCCAGGAACUAUCCAAUGCGUACAACAUUCUAACAGAUGAGACCAAGCGACUGGAGUACGACCAGCUAGGCGGCAUCAAGGACGAACAGGCAUUUCUCGAGCAGGCAGGUAACCCAAUGAAUUUGGAGCGAACUGGCAGAAAAAUGGACGUAAAUACACACAGCUCUGAUGACAUUAAGAAAUUGACGGGCAACGAGUUUGACCUGCCUCUAAAUUUCGUGGAAGCCACGGUGGGUUGCAAGAAGCGCUUAGAUUUGCGCUACCUGCGCAAGUGCGACAGCUGCAAAGGUAAAUCUCAACUAAUGGUCAAUCGCGAUGUGGGCAAGGAGCCAUGUCGUCGCUGCAACGGUACGGGAAAAGUAACCACGAAGACGCCAACGUUUACAUCAGUCAAUACGUGUAGCCAGUGCAAGGGCAAGCGCUAUAUCAAUCGUAACGACUGUGAGACGUGCGAUAAUCGUGGCUUCAUUGUGGCCAACGUUGAGGUGCUGGUCACUGUGCCAUCGGGCUCAAAGUGCGGCGAUGUCAUCACAAUAGAGAACCCAAACACGAAGCAGCGAGUUAACUAUCAUCUCAAAGUACCUUCUAGCGACUACUUUCGCCGCAUUGGUAACGACAUCUACACUGAUAAGUACUUGAACAUAUCGGAUGCCAUCUUGGGCGGCACUUUUCAGGUUCGCGGGCUCUAUGAGGAUGUGGAGCUGCGUGUUGAGGCCGGAACACAAUCCCACACACAGGUAGUACUGCGCAACAAGGGAGUGCGUACUCGGGAUGAGGUUGGUAACCACAUCAUCACGCUGAAAGUACGCAUACCGCUCAAUUUGUCGGUAAAACAACGGCAGCUUGUACUCGCUUUGGCCCAGGCUGAGGAGCCGGUUUUCGAGUGUCAAAACAAAACAGUAAGAUGUAAUUAAGCAGAAAUGCCUUAAUCAACUGUGUUUUAAAAUUCUCAAUGUGAAUUCUCUUUAGUUGCUUUUAAAAUAUAUUUGGAGCGCG